GCAGGAGGUAUCUAGCCGCUCGGAACGACGCACAUCAGGGCAUUGUGCGUCUAUUAGGGGAUAUCUUCCAGAUUGAAUGCAUGGAUAGGCCCUAAGUCAACUGAUAUGGCCUCGUUGGCAGAACAGUUGCCUCUACUAGACCCAGGAUUUGGUUCCAGUCCAUCCGAGAUGACACCUCGAACGAAAAACUACCGUCCACCUCGUCGACGACCGGCGCAUCUGCGCACAAAGACUGGCUGCCUUACAUGCAGGAAGAGGAAGAAGAAGUGCGACGAGACCCCGGGGACAUGCUCCAAUUGCGCCCGAAAAUGGCUUUCCUGUGAAUGGCCUGUGAACCUGCGUGGGAAUCAAAAGCACACCAGGCGUGAACACCCGUCGUCCACCAAAGCUCAUUUAGAACAUUCUCCUCAGCUUUCUAUCAAUGAAUGGCAUGCUAGCCAGCAUGCAUUUGUGGCAGACUAUGCGGCUGGCGCUUCUCCCUCUUGGGAUACCGAGGGAGAAAGGGAGGUGUUUCCUUCUCCCAUGGAAUCUAAUACACCAAACAGCCAAAAUGACUACAUGAUGACUCCUUAUAGCAGCUCUCCAUCUAUUCUCAAUUAUAUCUCCCCAUUGAUCUGUGUAUCACCCGCCAUAACCCCUGCCAGCGCUCCUUUGUUCGACUUUCUGAGGGCUGUCUUUCUGCCUCAGUUAAUCCGUCCAAUGGCACAUAAUACAGUCAUUAAAUGCGCGACCGGCGAAUCGUUAAUGCUAGCAUUACAUACUCCUUUCUACAUGCAUGCCCUUCUAGCAUGUUGUGGUGCAGAAAUACCGGUAGACGACAUGUGCUCGCAGGUACAUUUCCAGAAGCUUGCCCGCAUGCAUUACGUCAAAGCCAUAGCAGGACUACGUGAAAGUCUUGACAGCGGUAUUGUCGAUGCUGGGAACGCAGCAAUUAUUCGAACCUCACUUAUCUUGUGCAUCUAUGAGAGAUCAAAACCACGCCUCUCAAGGGGCGUGGAUGCCCAUAUCCUUGGCCUCGCACAGUUGAUUCAGCUACAUUUUCGACAUAAGCAAACAACGCCUGAACUUCAAUCGGAAGCAGAGACCAACACAGCCCGGGUGAUACUAGAAGCUUUUAUAUUCCAUGCGACAACGAGCAUUCCAUUUCAGCAAACGACGAAGCAGCCUGAGCCUGUCGAGGCCGCCCUUUCACUAGCAGAGACUAGACUCCAAGAAAUGUACAGAUGGAAGGUACCGGUUUACCCCGAGUCGCCUGUCCUCGGAGCGCCACCGAAGCUGUUUGUAUAUGCUCGAGAGAUCGCACUAAUGCAUGAGCGAUCCUCUGCCGAAGGCAUCGAUAUCGCAAGAUGCCACGAGUUACAACAGCUAUUGAGUCAAUUCAACCAGAGUGGGACUGAGGAGCUGUAUCCCUCGUCUAACGACGAUCGGUUGGUCACAAUUACACACACGCCGCUUCUCUUGGGUCCGAAACUAUAUAUUGUCGUUUCCAAUAUACUUUUGGAGCACAUGAUCAACAACAACUCCACCAUAGCUGGCGACUCUCUUCAAGAGUUAGUCUGCGAAGGUAUGCGUUUGGUUAACGAACUUGAUCCAUCGACAGACUAUUAUGCCGAGUACUACUGUUGGCCAAUGGUAGUCUUAGGAACCUAUACCACUGAUAGCGCACACCGAAAUUGUCUUGUGGCCCAGGCCACGGCCUUUUGGAAGGCGACGAGGAACGGGACGAUGAGACGGUUGGUGGAUAUGUUGACGACCUUGUGGCAGAUAUGAAACAAUACAAGAUACGAUCAAUUCCUGUGUACUUCUUAUUUAGAUUUGUCGGCAAUUAUAUUAACCCCAUCACUGGAUGAUGUAUAUAGUUCGACAACAGAACUUUCACUUGAGUCUGGC